AUGAGGUCGGGGGAGGGCGAGGGCUCGGAGCUGGCGGAGUUCGGGGCGCGCUGGCCGCCGCCUUACGCGCAGGGCUACGGCUGGCCGCGCUCCGCAACCCCUCAGCACCCGCCCGCCCACCACCUCGCGCGCCACUCGCGCUCACAGCAGGACAACCGGCACACGAGCUACGAGGCUGAGGAUGCGAGGGGGCGUGCUCGUGGCGGAGUCUACUACUCCCCGCCGGGGACUUCGUACACCAUCGUGGAGCGCCCGGCGUCCUCACACGGACACCACGCGCCCUACUCCCACCACCAUUAUCCCGGGAAACUCUCGCGUGCACCGUACCUCGGCUCCACCACGAUUGCUAACAGUGCAGGUCCAACGAGCUUAAGGAAUAGCACAAACCACUUAAGCGCAACAAAUGGCAAGAAGCGGCCCAUCUCGCCAGAGCAGGUGCUCCGUCUAUUCGGGCAGGGUGGAGCAGCGGCCUUGGGUAAAGCCCUGCCACCAUCGCACCCACCAUCGCACCCACCCCCGCCGCUGCCCGCACCACUGCCCGCCAGGCGCCACUCUCCUGCGAGUAGUCCCAGCAGCACAACGCACCAUGCGAUAUACCGCGGCGGGGAGCGCGAGAGGCCGUAUUCGUCGGGGGGCGCGCCGCCGGCGUCGGCCGAGCCAGCGACGCGCACAGUCACCAUGAGCCGGGACCCGGCCGACUCCCACGGCUUCGGGAUAUGCGUCAAAGGCGGGAAGGAGGCAGGUGUUGGUGUGUACAUAUCGCGGGUGGAGGAGGGGUCCGUGGCGGAGCGGGCGGGCCUCCGCCCUGGGGAUUCCAUCUUGCAGGUCAACGGCACACCUUUCUCCGGGAUAUCCCACGAGGACGCGCUAAAGAUGCUGAAGUCGUGCAGACAGCUGACGAUGACUGUGCGUACCGCUGGCGCCUUGGUCGGCCGUGCAUCAUGCUCGUGGAUGGACAGAUAUGGGCGCCCCGCGUCGCCGCCACCGCAACGCCCCAUCCGAUCGGCGAGCAAAGAUCGCUCCAUACGCCGGGUUGACUUGUGUAUCGAGCCUGGGCAAUCUCUGGGUCUGAUGAUCAGAGGAGGUUUGGAGUACAACCUUGGCAUCUAUAUCACCGGUGUUGAUAAAGAUUCAGUAGCUGACCGAGCUGGUUUAAUGGUGGGAGAUCAGAUCCUGGAGGUGAACGGGCAGUCGUUUGUCGACGUGACACACGACGAGGCUGUCGCGCAGCUCAAGUACCACAAGCGUAUGUCGCUGUUGGUGCGUGACGUGGGCAAAGUGCCGCACGCGUGCACCGCUUACGGGGAGAGGGACCAGGCACCAAGAAUUAGCGGCUGGGGUAAGAGACGAGGAGCGGCCGCCGUGGCUGUAGAGCAGAAGGCUAAGUCGUUGCUCCCAGCUAGCGACUUGCCGGCACUUGCUUACUACAUGGAGGAAUACGCCGCUAGACGCCUCACACCGGAUGCUUUCCUCACAGUGCUCCGCGAUUUGCUCGACACCCCUCAAAAGUAUACGCUCCUUACCGAAAUACGGGAGUUCAUGCUGCCUGAAGACCGACCACGUUUCGACGAGUUGGUAUACAGGCGGGGUGAGGAAGCAACGGAGCAUCACAUAAAGCGUGGAGGCGAGCGGCACGUGCUGCCUUCCACCACCAUGCACGAGCUGCACGAUCCGGAGGGGCCGUCGGAGGCACCGCUAGUGGUGGACCAUCGCUCUCCCUCCGAGGACUCCGGUCUGGGUCUACCACCACACGACCACGCCUACAGGAGCGGCAGGGCGUGGAGGGCGGCGGACGCGCCACCGCCUGAAGACGACCUGGACCCACCGCACGAGGAAUACGAGGAAGAGGGGCGUCGAUCACGAAGGCAUUCGUCACCGUGCAACUCAAGAGAGGGCAGCACCACGGCUUUGCAUACGCAGCCCUACGAUGACACCGAGUUGGCCCAUAAGUUGUCUCGAAGCUUCGACAUGAAGGAGGAAGGUGGCACCCUGCUGGACGAGCGAGGAGGCAUGCGAAGGCACCAGUCCAUGCAACGCCUCCAACACGGCGAAGCGCAGACGGACGAGAAUCGGGCGGCGCGGGUGGUGCCCGAUCACCAUGGCAACCUACACAUCACCGUCAAGAAAACCAAACCAAUACUCGGAAUCGCCAUAGAAGGCGGCGCGAACACGAAACACCCACUUCCAAGGAUAAUAAACAUACAUGAGCAUGGUGCGGCCUAUGAAGCCGGGGGGCUUGAGGUGGGUCAGCUGAUUUUGGCCGUGGAUGGACACCGAGUGGAGGGCAUGCAGCACCAGGACGUCGCGCGGCUUAUAGCGGAAUCUUUUGCUCAGAGAGAUAAACCUGAAAUUGAGUUUCUCGUCGUCGAAGCGAAGAAAUCCAACUUGGAGCCAAAGCCGACCGCGCUAAUUUUCCUGGAGGCC